AUGAGUACCGGUCGUCCGAACCCUUGGUGGUGCCGUGGGCUGCUCUUCCCCUACAUCAUCUGCAGCCUGAUCGUCCCCGUUGGAGCCAACGUAUCCGCCAAUAGCCCAAACGCAGCGUUUGAAUCGUUGAAGGUCGAAGAGGCGCAGGAGCCGCAGUUGCCACCGUGCCCAGAUAUUCGGAUGUUCGUCUGUUACUCAGCCGAUGCCCUGAAGCAGCCGUACCCCAGUUUCCCCCCGGAUCCGGAUCCCGUGCUGACGCAAAAGUGCGAGAAGUGCGAGCUGCCGGAGGAGGUCUGCGAAGACCAAUUAUGGAUUAGCCGAAAAGGCUUUCGCCCAGCCUCCAUCAGUCCAAUCCCAUGCACGCCCAACUUUUGCCAAGACGGGAAGACCGACAACUGCAUCAGGCCGGUGGACAUCAAUGGAGACAAGGUUUUGUUUCCGAUGAACGUGUGCACUCGUGAGAUGGUGGCGAGGGGAGAGUGCCCGCUGGAUAAACUGAGCACUUCACCAUUUAACCCUGAUAGCAUGAAGUCGUCGAACGAAUAUUUUCUGCAAUGCGACGCUGGCUUCACGGUCCCGAGCGUCGUAAUUGCGGCCAAAGAACUUGACAAGCGCCUUGAGUUAACCUGCGUGCCGAGCCUUCAACUUGCGGCUGGCUAUUUGGCAAUUGAUGGAUCGCCGCUCAACAACUACAAAUACGAUGUCACGGGCCCAGACGUCAAUUAUUGCGCGCAUGGUGGGCGCAAAAAGGGUGACGGCUGUCAGCCACUGCCUUUGUGCGGAGCUGAUGGGAAAACCCCCGGCGCCUUUCAAACCGCCUGGUCGGCGCCAGAUUGCGACAAGGCAUGUGAUUACCCAAGCGUCGAUGGGAAAUACGACGAUUGUGUCCUCCUGGACAUCCGCCUCGAUGAGAAGACCGUCAUCUCGUAUCGUCGUUUGCUGUCUGGCCCGUACGCCGAGUUGCUGUCCGAUGAGGAUAACCUGCGCUUCUCACCGCCGAUUCCAAAAACGUCGCCUGAGAACCAGCCGAAGCGCGCGGGCGCCGACAAGAUCAUCCGUUACCCCCGAUGCAUCGAAAUUGAAGGGCUCUCGGCAUCCCACAAGGAGUACGUGCUCAACGACGCGCUGCUGAACUGCGCCACAAAUCCUAUCUAUUUGGAGCUGAAGGAUGCCCGGCUGCGCUUGAAGCCGCAGAAUUGUGCGACGAUCGGCGAUGCUGAUGGUACUGGCAAUAAAAUCUGCCUCCGCACCGCGAACUCCUCCCAGACGGCCGGCAUCGCAGGAGGCUUCGGCUGGAUCUACAUCACCGGGGCAAUCAUCGCCAUCCUCCUCGAAACUCGC